AUGGGGACAUCAGAAGCAGCAGCAACAGCAGCAGCAGCAGCAAGCUCAACUGCAGCAGCAGCAGAUUUCACGCUACCCGUUGACUAUGAGAGCUUUGCUGCUAUCGUAGCAGCAACAGCAGCAGCAAAUUCAGCAGCAGCAGUAGCCAUGGCACAAGGUCCUUCAACUGUUUCUGGGGCCCUCCAGAAGACAUAUUCUGCUGCUGCUGCUGCUGCUGCUGCUGCAGCAGGCAAGGUUAAGUCAUCCUUGCUGCUGCAGGGGCAAGACUGCGGCAGGCCGCCCCGCCGUUUGCUGCUGCUGAAGGAAGACAGCGAUGCAGCAACAGCAGCAGCAGAAGCAGCAGCAGGUGCUGCUGCUGCACACUCCAACAAGGAGCCGUUGGCAGCAGCAGCAGAAACAGCAGCAACAGAAGCAACAGCAGCAGCAGCAGCAGCAGCAGCAGCUCCACGAAUCUUCAGUGGGCUUUUGCUUCCUGUUGCGCCUUCUCCUUUGGCGUCGGCACCCACUCCAGUGACGGCAAGGUUAUUUUUUAAUGCCGGCAGUGCUGCGCUCCGCGAGUUGCUGCUGGGGAAGCUCUUCUGCAUCCGAUCGCUGGCUCGUUGCUGCUGCAGCAGCAACAGCAGCAGUAGCAGCAGCAGCAACGACACUGCGAGCCCUGAACAAACCCCAAGACCUCGAAUGGCUCUGCUGCCUGUUUCACGGACACAAGGAAACACCAGCAGCAACACCAAAUACAGCAGCAGCAGCAGCAGCAGCAGCAAGAAAAACACCAGCAAGAGCAGCGGCUGCUCUGCGCUGUACUCUCGGCAGCAGCAGCAGCAGCGCCUUCCUGUGGCUGCUAGGAAGAAUAGAAGCAGUAUUAGCAGCAGCAUCAGCAGCAACAGCAUCAGCAACAGCAGCAACUGUAGCAGCAGCAACUGCAGCAGCACCAACAGCAGCCUACUUCUGUCAAUGGACGGCUAUGGGCUGCAAGACUGUUCGGAGAGCCCCAACAAAAAUGACUGCUGCAUCAGCAGCAGCAGCAUCAGCAGCAGCAGCAGCAGCAUCAGCAGCAGCAGCAGCAGCAGCAAGACAGGCGCGGGGAAGCUGGCUUUCACGAGCAACAGCAGCAGCAGUAGCAAGGGCAAUAGCAACUGCAGCACAGCUGUCAGCAGCACCAGCAGCAUCGCUGCCGCCUUGACACCGCAUGCUGCAGCCACGCCUGCUGCUGCUGCUGCUGCUGCUGCUGCUACGCCUGCACCUGCACCUACUGCUGCUGCGGGGGAGGCAUCAGCUAAAGCUGCUGCUGCUUCAGGAUCUGCUGCUGCUGCUGCUGCUGAUGCAAAGUGGCUGCUGCCCUUUGAAGCCCACUUCUGCGCCUCCUCAUCUCUUGCUGCUUCCGACUGUUUAGGGGGGGGCUUGCUGCAGCAGCUGCUGCAGCGGCACGUCAAUUUCCUGCAGGCGCUGCAGCCGCAGCAGCAGCAGGAGCAGCAGCAACCGGGGCAGCAGCAGAAGCUACGCAGCGCCACCUUUACUGCAGCAAGCGGGCAAGACUCGCAGGCACAACAGCAGCCCCAGCUUAGCAGCAGCAGCAGCAGCAGCAGCAGCAACAGCAGCAGCAGAGAUAUGACCCUCCUCCUAGUGCCCUCGGUGCCGCAAUCUACUUCGCUGCUGAAGACGAUCAACGAACUCUUCAUCGCGAAGGGCGCAAUUCCGCCGGAGGAGCUUUGUCUCUUUGUACUGUUCGAGCAGCUGAAGCUGCUGCAGCAGCUGCACCAGGUAGGACUGCUGCACUGCAACAUCAGUUUAAGCAGCUUCUUAGUGGCUCCCGCUGCUGCUGCAGCAACAGGACUGCAGCAGCAGCAGCAGCAGCAGAAGCAGCAGAGCCAUCCGCUGUUGCCAGAAGGUGAAUCAGCAGCAAUUGAACUAUUCGGGAUCGACUUGGCUGCUGGGAUCGACUCUCGCGAUCUGUGCUGCGGCGUCUGCCUCUUAGAGUCCCCCUUAACAAGCCAGCUUAGUGACCCAAAGAAUUGUUGGGCCCUUCACGGGAUCGACCUCAGAGGCCUCGCCUUCGCUGCAGCAAGUCUGCUGCUGGGUAGACGUUUGCUGCCGGGCAGAGACGUGCUGCAGCAGCAGCAGCAGUCGCAGCAGAACAAAGAGAACAGGACACUGCAGCAGCAGCACCUGCAGCAGCAGCUGCUACGGCCUGAAGUCUUGGUAAGGCUGCCCCUUAGAAGGCAUUACGCUGUCGACUUGUGGCUGCUGCUGCUGCGGCGGUGCUGCAACUUCGAGAAUGAGCUGCUGCAGCAGCAGCCGGAAGCAGCAGCAGCUUUAUCCUGUCUACUCAGCAACAGAAGCAGCAGCAGCAGCAGCAGCAACAGCAAGAGCGAUGCAACUCCUGGAGAGGUGCGCUCUGCUGCUGCAGUGCUGCAGCAGUGCAGCGAAAGGGCAUCACUGCUGCUGCUGCAGCAGCUGCAGCAGCAAAUCGUGUCUCUUUUCGCCAGGGAGCCCACACGCAGGAAGCUGCUGCUGCAGCAGCAGCAGCUCGUCGCAGCUUUUCUGGGCGAUAAAUAA